UUUGGUAAGGAAAUGGACAGAGACAGGUAUGACAAGGUGCUCGAAGCUUGUAACCUCAGGAAGGAUCUCGAAAUUCUCUCUUUCGGCGAUCAGACUGUUAUAGGCGAGAGGGGAAUCAACUUGAGUGGUGGACAAAAGCAGAGAAUACAGAUUGCGCGUGCUUUAUACCAGGAUGCCGAUAUCUAUCUGUUUGAUGAUCCUUUCAGUGCCGUGGAUGCUCACACCGGAUCUCAUUUGUUUAAGGAGGUUUUGCUGAACAUGUUGAGUUCGAAAACAGUGAUUUAUGUCGCUCAUCAAGUCGAGUUUUUACCUGCUGCUGAUCUUAUUCUGGUGAUGAAAGAUGGGAGGAUUGUGCAAGCUGGAAAGUACAAUGAUAUUCUCAAUUCGGGGACUGAUUUUAUGGAACUUGUUGGUGCACAUAACAGAGCUUUGUCAGCCCUCGAUAACGUCGAAGCAAGAUCUAUUUCCGAACGAACUACGAGUGAAGGAGAAGGUGCUAUGGGAAGUACCAACGGAAACCAAGGCAACGGGAGUGGUAAAGUAGAUGAUGCUGGGCCUAAAGGACAGAUUGUUCAAGAAGAAGAGCGAGAGAAAGGAAAAGUCGGGUUUUCAGUUUACUGGAAAUACAUAACAACAGCAUAUGGAGGAGCUCUUGUUCCUUUAAUAUUGCUGGCACAUAUUCUGUUUCAGAUUUUUCAAAUUGGCAGCAACUAUUGGAUGGCUUGGGGAUCACCUGUGUCGGCAGACGUAAAGCCUCCUGUUGGGAGCUUUACACUAAUAAUCGUCUAUCUCGCCUUGGCUAUUGCAAGUGCCCUUUCCAUCUUUGCCAGAGCCAUGCUUCUUAAUACAGCCGGAUAUAAAACAGCCACUCUUAUUUUCAAGAAGAUGCAUUCUUGCAUUUUCCGUGCUCCGAUGUCAUUCUUCGAUUCCACACCAAGUGGAAGAAUCCUCAACAGAGCCUCUACGGAUCAAAGUGCAGUUGAUAUGAACAUCCCGUAUCAAGUUGGGGCAUUUGCUUUUUCAGUUAUCCAGCUACUUGGAAUCAUUGCAGUCAUGUCUUAAGUCGCUUGGCAGAUAUUCAUCAUUUUUAUUCCGGUGAUUGCUACCUGCAUUUGGUAUCAGCAAUAUUACAUAUCUUCGGCUCGAGAACUUUCACGGCUGGUUGGAGUAUCCAAAGCUCCAUUAAUACAGCAUUUUGCUGAAACAAUUUUAGGAGCAACAACUAUAAGGAGCUUUGAUCAAGAA